AGCGGUGCAGCCAGCUCCGCCUCCCUCCCUCCCUCCCUCCUUCCCACCGCGCGCGGGAAGGGAAAAACCGACCGUACAAAUUAAGCUCCGCCACCUCCUCCGUUCCAACCGCCGCCUCGAUUCUUCGAUUCUCUCCCCACCUUCAGGCCUCCUCUGCAAAACGCAUUUCAGCUCCGGCCCGGAUCCUACCCCCCGGCCGAUCGCGCGCGAUGCGGUCGCGGUCGCGCUCCUUCUCGGAGAUGUCCAUAUCGCUCUCGGCGGCGCCGUCGCCCGCCGAGCGGGAGGCGCUGCGCACGCCGCGCUCGCCGCCGGCCUACGCGUCCCCGCCGCUGGUGGGGGCGCUCAUCGAGUCGCUCUCCUUCCGGAGCUGCGGCUUCGGCCGCGCCGCCUCCUCCGCCUUCGAGAAGGAGGACCUCCGCCUCCGCGCCACGCUCCCGCAGCGCCUCCGCGACGCCGUGCACGCCGCGCUCAAGGCGCGCGACCCGUCCGCCGGCGCCUUCGCGCUCGCCGAAGCACCCGGGGUCGGCGGCGCCGCCAACCCGUGGUUCGCCCUCGCGCCCGAGGACGCACCCGAGAACCCCCUCGUCGCCUUCGUCAACCCGCGCAGUGGCGGCCGCCUCGGCCCCGUCCUCAAGACCCGCCUCCAGGAGCUCAUUGGCGAAGACCAGGUUUUUGAUAUUACGAUCGUCAAACCUUCUGAAUUUGUGGAGUAUGCUCUGGGUUGUUUGGAGCAACUUGCCGAUUCUGGGGAUCAUAGUGCAAGAUCAGUUCGCGAUAACCUGAGAGUCAUGGUAGCAGGAGGUGAUGGUACAGUAGGCUGGGUGUUGGGAUGCUUAGGAGAACUAUAUGUUCAGAACCGGGAACCUGUUCCGCCAGUUGCUGUCAUACCACUUGGAACAGGAAAUGAUCUUUCCAGGAGCUUUGGUUGGGGUGCUUCAUUUCCUUUCUCAUGGAAAGCUGCUGCUAAACGAUCUCUCUACAAGGCUAUUUUGGGCCCAGUUUCUUCUUUGGACAGCUGGCACGUCGUUGUUUCUAUGCCAGAAGAAAAAGAGGAAGAACAAGAACUGAAUCUUCCCCACUCCCUUAGGCACCUCGGGGAGUGUACAUUUUAUGAUGACGGCACUGCUGAGGGAGAGUUGCCUGAGACAAUUUUAUGCUUUGAUGGCGUCUUCUAUAAUUACUUCAGCAUAGGGAUGGAUGCUCAAGUGGCAUACGGAUUUCAUCAGCUACGUGACGAGAAGCCAUUCCUUGCAAGUGGUCCUUUAUCUAAUAAGUUAAUUUACGCAGGAUAUACCUGCAAGCAAGGAUGGUUCUUUACACAGUGUAUUAGCGACCCUGAACUACGGGGAUUGACGAACAUUAUCCGUUUAUCAGUAAAGAAGAUGGACAGUUCUGAGUGGGAGCACAUCCCUGUACCAUCAAGUGUAAGGGCUAUUGUUGCGUUAAACCUUCACAACUAUGCGAGUGGAAGGAACCCAUGGGGAACUUUGAAACCUGAAUACUUGGAAAAGAAAGGAUUUGUCGAAGCCCAAUCAGAUGAUGGCCUUCUUGAAAUAUUUGGGUUGAAGCAAGGGUGGCAUGCAUCGCUCGUGAUGGUUGAACUUAUAUCUGCCAAACACAUUGCUCAGGCAGCAGCAAUCCGGUUAGAGAUCAAAGGUGGUCAAUGGAGGGAUGCAUACAUGCAAAUGGAUGGGGAGCCAUGGAAGCAACCGCUGAACGCCGAGUAUUCGACAUUCGUUGAUAUCAAAAGGGUGCCUUACCGGUCAUUGAUCAUCAAUGGUGCAGAUCGUUAGUGAGAGCUAAAGAUUUAGAGUCCUGGCCUAGCUGGACCUGCCCAAAACAAUUUUCAGCUUCCAACGAGGAAGCUUGAUGGACAUCGAGCUGAAUCCUGAUCAUGCUUGCACAAAACCAUAACUUUAUAUGGAGUUGAGGAUACAUAGAGUUCAUAGAACAACAACAGAAUGUAGCCAUGCCCAUGUGAUUUGAUCGGAGUUCUGAAUUAACAUCAUGUGUACCGCAUGAAGUUGAUGUUGCAUAUGUUCAGUAAUUUCAGGUCGGUACUGGUAGGGACGACCUUGUUGAUUGAAUGAUUGUACCACACGACCAGAUGUAAAAGAGAGGCGUCAGACAAAACUGCAGUUCUUUCCUCCCGAAUGUACAGAGGAAAUCUUAUGGAAACUACUAUUCCAUGAUUCAUUUCGAGUUUAAUCUCAACUCGAUUUGAAGAAAGAAGAUAGCACUCAUCUCUCAAAUCUUUUACUUCACAGAUCUCCUCCCCACUGUAAGUUCUAACAAUUAUAAGUGAUUUUGUUGGCUGA